ACAAUUUUCUUUAACCGACAUAAUCAAUACCAUGGAUCUGCAAUACAUUCCCUCAAUAAUUCAAGCUAUAUCCACUGUCUUGGCUGCUUCAUUGUUUGUCUAUUUUCUUAUAAAAUGGAGACAAAAAGAUUCCCGGAGAACACCACCGGAAGCUGGCGGUGCCUGGCCCAUUGUCGGCCACCUUCAUCUAUUAGCAGGCUCACAAGCCCCCCACCGAACCUUGGGCCACAUGGCUGACAAAUACGGCCCAAUCUUUUCCAUAAAGGUGGGAGUUCACAGAGCUUUGGUGGUAAGCAGCUGGGAGAUGGCUAAAGAGUUCCUGACCACAAACGACAAAGUCUUCGCCAACCGUUCAAAAGGCAUAGCCUCAGAGAUACUAGCCUACAACUAUGCCAUGUUUGGGUUCAGCCCUUAUGGCUCUUACUGGCGUCAAGUGCGUAAGAUUGCCACGCUUGAGUUGCUCUCCAACAACCGUCUAGAGAUACUCAGCCAUGUCCGAGAAUCGGAGGUUAAGACGGCGAUAAAAGGCAUAUGCGAGCUUUGGGUUAACAACAUUAAUAAUGGUAAUAAUAAUGGAGUGGAGCUAGAGAUGAAGAAAUGGUUUGGAGACAUAACACUGAACGUGACGUUCAGGAUGAUUGUAGGGAAGCGAUAUCUUGAGGCAACAAGCUUGAGUGAAUUAGGGAGUGAUGAUCGGUGUCGAAAGACAUUGAGGGAUUUCUUUGACUUGGCGGCGACUUUUGUGGUGUCCGAUGCGCUUCCUUACUUAAGGUGGUUGGAUUUGGGGGGCUGCGAGAAAGCCAUGAAGAAGGCUUCAAAAGAGCUUGAUCAAUUGGCUCAAAGAUGGCUUGAGGAGCACAAGUUGAAGAGGGUUUCUGGGGAAGUGACCAAGGAUGACCAAGACUUCAUGGAUGUGAUGCUUUCUAUACUUGAUGGUGCGGAUCAGUCUGGAAUUGCAAGUUAUGAUGUUGACACAAUCACCAAAGCUAUUUCCCUGGCUCUUAUUUUGGCUGGCACGGAUACAACAACAGCAACAAUGAUAUGGGCAAUCGCAUUACUCCUCAACAACCGAGAAGCCCUAAAAAAAGCCCAACAGGAAUUGGACCAACACGUUGGCAAAGAGAGGCAAGUGAAGGAAUCGGACCUGAAAAACCUGGAUUAUCUCCAAGCUAUUCUCAAAGAGACAUUGCGUUUAUUCCCAGCUGCCCCACUUUCAGUGCCCCACGAGUCCACAGAAGACUGCACCGUAGCCGGUUACCAUGUUCCGGCGCGGACGCGUCUCAUUCUUAAUCUCUCGAAGCUUCAUUUGGAUCCAACAGUGUGGCACGAGCCGAGCGAGUUUAGGCCGGAAAGGUUUCUCACGACUCACCAAAACGUCGACGUUAGAGGACAGAACUUUGAGUUGAUACCGUUUGGUAGUGGAAGGAGAAUGUGUCCUGGAGUGUCGUUUGCGCUUCAAGUUUUGCAGCUCACAUUAGCCACUUUGCUUCAUGGUUUUGAGAUUGCGACGACGUCGGAUGAGCCAGUUGAUAUGCGUGAGACUGUCGGACUGACUAGCAUCAAAACCUCCCCACUCGAUGUCCUUCUUAUUCCACGCCUUCCUGCUGAAGCAUAUAAUUCUUUAUAAAUGCAUGCAUGUAUAUCUCUAUAUGUGUGUGUGAAGAAAUAAGGAAGGCACAACUUUUGUUGUGUGGGCGCGUGUUUUAAAAUGGAAAGUAUUGCCCAACUUUGAAAGAUCAAUUACAGAUAGCGGGAUGUUUUAUGUCUUUUUACCUUUAGAAUUUUUCCAUUAUUUGAAUAAAUUUGAAUGAAAAGCUUACAUAUGGGGCUUUCAUAAUUGGGUGCCAAUUUAUGAUAGUUUUCUGUACUAGUUGUUUAUUUACAAAAAUAAAUUAUAAAUAAUGGGCCGAAUGUAAUUAUCUAGCAUGCACUUCCUAAGUCAUUACGAAGUUGUUUGUGGACUAUAUAUGCAAUAACUUGAUUGUAAUCA